AUGUUGGAAAAUCAGAAAAUGUUUAGUUGGUCUAUAGAACAUAUAGCCGAGUUACGUCCAGCAGAUAUAGACGAGAUGCCUGUACAUCAGACUCACUCUGUCAUGCCAGACCGCGAGACAGAGGAGCGUGCUCAGCGUGCCAUAGAACAGUUCUUUGCCAACAAUCUGAUUCACCCCUCACCAUGGAGUGAUCCUAAAAAGAGCAAGAAGAAAAAUAUACUCCCUGUCACACCUGCUUCACAAGGGAGUGGAAGCAAGCAAGCAGAGGAUAUGAUCACAGAGUUACAGGGGUCUAUACAGAAAACAUUGCCUCAUAAACACGGAAUGGUUGAUUCCUCCUGUCAGACAAUGUUGUCUUUGCCAGUGGACUUUGACAUGCAGAAAGUAUUGGGUGCCUACAUGUCACAGGAUGGUAAUGUUGAUGAGGGGAACCAGCAAGAUAUGUUGAGUACUUCCUCUCUGCGCAGGAAGUUGUUUUUCCAUGGAGACACAAGUAGUCUGGCUCCUAGCCCUGUUAAGGGAGUAAAUCUAGAACCAUGUUCUCCAGUGUUCACAAAGCAAACACAACCUAAUUGGGAGCGCACCACUCCACUGAGAAACACACCCAACUUUUCAUCUAGUCCAAUCAAGAGUGCUGGUACACCACAGUAUAGAAGACGAUCAUCAGAUCCUGAGUUCCUUGCUUCACCAGAGUUAUCUCCCAUUGUACAUGGCAAUCUCCCUAGUACAGGAAGAAAGUCAAAGUCAAGGUCAUCGGGAGUGUUUCAGGCUCACAGUGCAGACUUUGAGAUCAGUCCAGUCAGUGAUUUCUGUGAUCCACACUCUGGUAGGGACAGCCCCAUGUCUCCUAUACCAUACCACGGGAUCUCGCCAGACAACCACGAGGAGGACUUCCGGCCGAAGUUUGAAGACAGCCCAGGUUUCUCCCCGAUUCGGCCUCCUAAGACGCCUAUCAGGAAGAUACUGAGAAGAAGUCAGGAGGAGUCGUAUAUACAAAAUGAAUGUUGUGACAGUGAGGAGGAGAAUGAAUCAGUGACGCCUGUAUCCACCAACGCCAAACUGACCAGUAACUCUCUCACACCUGUAGACGCAAUAUCGCCAAUACGACAGUCACCAAAACACACAAUGUCAGGAACUCUCUCAAAAUCUCACAGUUGUACAGAUUUACAGCAUACAAUGGAUUUUGAGUCUGUACCUAUCCCUCGUGAUAACAUCCUCACUUCCAGUCUAUGUGAUACAAGAGAUUUCUCUGCUUCAGCUGACUUCAGUGAUGACACACAUCUGAGAACCAGUCUGUCCAAUCAGGAUACUGGAUACCAGACAGCUAGUUUGCAAUCAACCAAUCAGGAAUCAGUAUCUCUUCAUACAAAUCUGACCAAUCAGUUUGGCUCAUUGCCUUUCAAUGUGACCAAUCAGGAUACAAGUCACAUGUUGACCAAUCAGGAUAAGCCUCCUGUUUUAAAUCUGACUCAUCAUUUCUCUAUGAUAGCCAAUCAGGAUGAAGAGGACAAAAAUUUCAUUCCUGACACAAAUAAUCAUAAAAGUGCUCCAUUGUUUCCGAAACAAAAACUUCUGUUUAUGGAUGAUGACGUAGAUAUUGAGCAUACUCCUAAGAACAGUCUGGCCGUGAGACAAAAUUUUGAAGAUAGUGCUUUACCAGACGAUUUAAGCUCAAGUCAGGGCAAAAUGGAUAUAGAUAUGAAAACUGGUGACCUAGAUUCAGUAGAUUGUGUGGACAGCCAGGAUGAGGAGGAGGUGUUGACGAGAGCCCGGCAAGCGCUGGCCAUGGCUAACAGUAUGUACCCUCUUGAUAAAGAGAGAGACAAGAUGUCAGCUGCAAGGAUAUCUCCCAUUGAGUCAUUGUCACAAAAACCUUCAGAACAUAUCAGUUCUAAAGCGAAAGAGCAUCAGCCAAGUGCUAGCGAGAUCGCAUACUCGAUAAUCCAGCGGGCUGGAGAAGAUCUCGCUAGAUUUGGUUCGUUCAAGUCCAGUAAAACUACAGAACUAACAAUGGAAGGCCUACACUGAAAUUUAUAUAACAACUUUACGACACUGAGAAUGCAAGUGAUUGCAGAAAUUGUCGUAUACUGUAUUACAGGGUUUGCAUAGACAUUGAAAAAUCCUUGCAUUUGAUUCUGGUCGUUGAAAACUUCUGAAAAAUAACUUAAAAUGAAUCUGAUUUUUGAAAAGAAAAUGAUAAAAUUUUAUCCAUAUGCAACUCCUGAGUUCUUUGUGUACUUACUUUAGGAAAAGAAAUUAUUUUAAAAAAUGAAAUAGAAUAAAAAAAAAGAAGAUAUGUACAAGGAAAAUAUUUUUAGGUAUUUCUUCACUUCUUGAUCCUGGUAUGCACCAAGACUUCGAGUGGUUAUACAAUGUAUAAUGUAGUAGUUUAUGACUGCAUCUUAUUGCAGUUUACACCGGUGAAAUUUCAGUUGUUACACUGUUUUAUGGAAGUAGUUGAUAAAAGUUAUAAAGAAAAAGAUUUCAUUGGAAAUGGAGAAUUGUCUUCUUACUCUGGCUUACAAAUCAUGUUAUAUUUCAUAAUCUGUUUUUGUGAUUUACCAAAGAUAAGAGGUUUAGAUGCAUUUAUAAUUUGUGUUUUGAAAGUAUUAUUUUUUAAUUUGUUUUUGAAAGUGAAUCAUAUCUUUAAUUAUUCUUUAAAUGGUGUAAAAGUAACUGUACAAGUAUAUAAUUAUUUAAGUUCUUUACCUAUUUUAAUUCCUUUGUUUCCGACUAUAACUUAGUAUAAGGGAUGGUACUAAAGUUUGUGUAUGUUUAUAUAGUAUUUUUAUAUUUGUAUUGUUGUAAUGUACAAUAAGAAAAGUGAAUGAAUUGUCAGAGAAAAUUGAAUGAGUAUGACAUACAUAUGUACCUUUAAAAUUUGAAUUGAUAAAGGAUUGAUAAAAAAAUGAUUAAAUGAAAUGAUGAAAGUUUGCUCAGUAUAUAUUCAUACAUUUAUAGACCAUGACAGCUUGUUGUCCAGAGUAAUUUAUACAGGAGCUUCAGUGGCCAAGUGGUUAAAGUCACUGACUUUGAAUCACUUUCCUCUCACUGCUGUGGGUUCGAAACCACGCUUGGGAUAUAGAAUUCUUACAUGUGAGGAACCCAUCCAGAUGGCUUAAAGAGGGGUAGUGGUUCUACCCAGGUGGUCCUGCCCAUGAUGAAAUAAUUAUAAUGCCUUGAGGGGAACCUGGGGUCUUCCUCCAACAUCAAGAGCUGGAAGUUGCUAUAUGACCUAUAAUCGUGUUGAUGUGACGUUAAACCCAACAAAAGACAACAUCAAUGUGAAUCUGUAUCACAAUCCUAUGGUAUGAAAUUUGCAGUAUUUUAAAGUUUUGGCACCUUAAGAUGCUACAUAUAUUAAAAUAAACAGCAGAAUGCUACAGUGUACCCUUUAGAAGUGGGAAACCCAAAUCUCUGACAAGGAAGAGUUAUUUAUAGUGAACUAAACCAUUGCACUGUUUGAAUAAUCUAACCAGGUCUUUAUUUGCUUUGUAUCUAUAUUAUUGAAAUACCUUAAAAAUUCAUGUUUGAAAUUUUAAAAGCAAGGAUCUGAAUAAUAUUUAUUGGAAUAUGUGAUUGCUGAGAUUUUCUAUCCAUGUAUAUGAAUGCUGGGAAAUCAUUGAUACUUGUAGGGGACUAAAAUUCAUUGGUUUCCUGGUUGAUCCAACCCACAAAAUUCCAACCAAUCAAAAAUGCCCACCUGCUUUGCUAAAUUUAAGCAGAGCGAAGACCUACGGAUCGCAGGGUCGUGACUUCUAUCCUUGGCGCAUGACAUGUUCUUUCUGACUAUUUAAUCCCCCGCCGUGUCGGAGGGAUUAUAGGAAUGGUCUGUGUCCGUCUGUCCUUCCGUCUUUCAGUCUUUCCGUCCUUCCGUCCGUAACAAAAUCGUGUCCGGUCCAUAUCUCCUAAACCCCUUGAAGGAUUUUCAUCAAACUUGGGUCAAAUGAUCACCUCAUCAAGACAAUGUGCAGAACCCAUGAGUCAGUCAUGCCGGCGCAAGGUCAAGGUCACAACUUAGGGUCAAAGGUUUGAACCUUCCAUUUUGUGUCCGCUCUAUAUCUCCUAAACCCCUUAAAGGAUUUUCAUCAAACUUGGGUCAAACGAUCACAUCAUCAAGGCGAUGUGCAGAACUUAUGAGUCAGCCAUGUCGGCUAAAGGUCAAGGUCACAACUGAAGGUCAAAGGUUUGAGCCUUCCAUUUCAUGUCCGCUCUAUAUCUCCUAAACCCCUUGAAGGAAUUUUAUAAAACUUGGGUCAAAUGAUUACCUCAUCAGAACGAUUUGCAGAAAGUCAACCAUGCCAGCUCAAGGUCAAGGUCACAACUAAGGGUCGAAGGUUUGAGCCUUACAUUUGGUGUCCACUCUGUGCCUCCUUAACCCCUUGAAGGAUUUUCAUCAAACUUGGGUCAAAUGAUCACCUCAUCAAGAACUCAUCAGUCAGCCAUGUCAACUCAAGGUCAAGGUCACAACUGAAAGUCAAAGGUUUCAGCUCUGUAUCUCCUAAACCCCUUGAAGGAUUUUCAUGAAACUUUGGUCAAAUGAUCACCUCAUCAAGACGUUGUGCAGAAUUCAUGAGUCAGCCAUGUCAGUUCAAGGUCAAGGUCACAGCUAAAAUCAAAGGUUUUACCCUUUCACUAUCCAUAGCAGUGGCGGGGGAUUUAGCUGUCUUUCAGACUGCCUUGUUGACAAAAUACAUUGUAUCUGAAAUCAGAGUCCUCCACAUGGGGAAGUUGGCAGUUGUUGGCAGAGAACAGGUUUGUACUGGUACAGAAUCCAGGAACACUGCCUGCUGUUUCAUAACUGAAAUACUGUUGAAAAUGGUGUUAAACCCCAAACAGACUAACAUACAACCAGUCAAAUACCAAUUGACUUUAUGUUCAAAGGUCACUGUCCACAAAUAAAUAUCCAAACUAAAAUAGCCGUUUUGCUCAAAAACCAUGAAAUUAUGUCCCCCCCCCCCCCCCCCCCACCCCUGCACACCCCCCAAAAAUGAUUUUGCAGCACUUGAUUUCGUUUGCUGGGUACAUGUAUUAUGUUUUUGUGGAUUUGUUUGUUUACUAUGAUAACUGAUAUACCUAUUGUGCCAAAAGAAGAUUUCAUUGUGUAAUAAUUGUGUACAUAGAUUCUUAACAAAAGUUUAUAUGUGACUGUGUAUUUGAUGAAAUGUGUAGUAUUAGUAAUGCCUGUUUGUAUUUGCGUUGAAUGCACUUCAUAUUAAUUUUUAUUGCAAUAUAUUUUUUGAAAUGUUUAUAAAUUCUGUUCAUACACUGAUAUGCCCUGCACACUGAAAACAAAUAUCUGCUCACUCCCAUCUUCUAACAUAAAAUUGAAAGACAUGGAAACCAGUUGUGUGUUUUUCCCUUUGCUCUUGUUUAUGGCCUUACUUAACCCUGGCUAGCUUAUUAGGAAGGUAUAAUACCUUGUAUCAAUGGUUGUUUGUAGGACUCCCCAACACAACUGAUGUUCUCUGUGAAGAUAGAAGACAGUGCUUCUGAAGUCAUUAGUCCUCCCCACUUGGAGUCAUGUUGUGUAAACGUGACAAUUACUUGCAGCUGCUAAGUCAUUACAGGUGCAGAAUCCAGAAACACUAGGUUAACUACAGUCACAUAACAGAAAAACUGUUAAUAAUUUAGGUUAAACCCAAUCAAACAAAAAAAAUCUUUGCUAUACAUGUAUUAUACUCAUAUGAAUUAAGAUUGUUAAUUUUGGUUCAACUUCAUUUGAUUUAUUCACUGCUGUGUCAGUUGAAAUAAGUUUCUGAAGACGAAGAAAAAUCUUGUACUACUCUUAUUUUGCAAUUUUCAAGCAGUUCAGAAUGAUGCACUGUACAAGUCAGAUAAUGUACGUGUUGAAAAUCUCAAAAAUUCUAUAUUGGAACAAACUAUCAGAUUUUUAUCCUUUAUUUUUUUUUGAAGGGUGGUUAAAAAUAUUUGUAAUUGUGGUGUACAUAAAUAUUUCCAUCUUGUUAUGUAAAACUUGUGUUGAUUUUAUGAAAUAAAAUGAAUGUAUGCAUAAAUA